CGUGUAGGACGUCGAGCGAGAAGUGGUGCGCUUUAACUGUGUGCGUUCAAUGUCUUAUGAAUGACCGCCGCUGUUUCAGGUUAUGUGACAUUGUGGCAGUGCAGUACACUUAAUGACCAAAGUGAGUUAGGGUGAAGGCAGGAGAGAGGGGGAGGGUCGCUGAAUGAGAUGUGCCCCGGCGGCUGGUUUUACGCAGAGAGGAGCGCGGCGCACAAUUUGGUUUCCUGCGUGGUUAGCAAACAGCCCUCGUAGUCUUUAGUCAGCUCCGUGGAUUUGCGUUGGCGUCAAACUUUCGCCCUGUGAGUGAAAUUCAACCUGAUCAGCUGAGGAGUGGACUGACGCUUCUUCCCGUUGGUCAUACAUCGACAGAUUCUGGAGAAAUGUGUUUAACUUUAAAGUAGGCCAGCUCCACCUGUAUCUGCUCCGUCUGGACUUUUUUUUUUUUUAACUUCAAAGUGCCAAACUAAACUUUUACAUCGGACUCUUCCUGCGCAUGAUGUACACAAUUACAAAAGGUCCCAGCAAACUGGUCACCCAGCGACGGACAGGGCCUACUCAGCAGCUUGACAACCAAAUAAACGACUUCAAGCACAAGCAAACGUCCUGGAGUAUGCCUGACCUUCCUGCACCCAAGAUAGUUUUCAACCGUCCCAACGGUAAGAAGUACCAUCAGCCUGCUCCGGCUCUCCCUGCAGACAGCCAGCAGGAAGAGAGCUUCACGCCCGCGCACAAGGAAAACGUCAAUUUUGUCUAUGAUGCCUGGCAGGAGGUGGAGCAGCAGGAGGGGGGGUCAGAGGAGACCCAGGGAGCAGUCCACUAUAAAGAACCCACUCCCAGCCCACACAUGCACAACUUUGUGCCCAUAGAUCUUGAUGAAUGGUGGGCCCAGCGUUUCCUAGCCAACAUAGACAAGCUAUCCUGACACUUCUGGGAUGUAUGGAUCUUGACGGAUCGUCAGGCGAGACCUGAAGCAGGAUGGCUCGCAGAGGUCUGGAGGUGUGAUGGGUCAAAAUGCCCUGAUGUGGUUCAAAUGGAUGGACAGCGCUGGGACGCUUGCAUAGAAACCAGAGAAUCACUUCACUUGAACUCUAGCCUGUUUGACUACAAUCGAUCUCUAAAUAUUGUCUGCGACUAACUGCACACUUGAGGACGCCCAUCUUGGAGUUGAGGUUUCUCUCAUCUUUCUGCCCUCACAAUAGAGAUGUCAUGUUACUUGCAGUAAAAUUGUAUUUUCAAACUCUUUUGGAA